AGGCAAACAUAAAACAAAGAAACAGUUUUUAAUAUUCCAAGCCAGCAUUGAAGAAGACCAACUUUUGGCGGGGCUUAGAGAAACACCAACCAAAACGGUGACGUUGUUUAAUCGAUAACAGUAAGAGGAAAAAACUGGACCAAACCGAAAGUACGAUUUUCAUUUCGAUCUUUAAGUUUGUGUUAUCUCUUCACAAUGUAUUACUGACAUGGCGGAAGGUUGCGAAGACACAGACAACAACAGUGGUAAUCGUAACGCCGACAACGCCCCUACCAUGUUGGGUACCGUUCUACCCUGCGAAGCUGCUAUAACCGCCUCCUUGGGUGUAUCCGGUGGUGGCGUAAUGAAACGAGAAUUUGUCGAUGCCACCAGUGUUCUCGGUGCUCAUCUCACGGCCAGUGUCAGUUUGGCCAGUCCCAUUACAGCCCCAAUGAUAUCGCCCUCUAAUAGCACAGUCAAUAAUGGCCUAAAUCACAUAACACAAAGUUCGGUGUCAUCAACGACGCCAGCCGCCUCGAAUACAUCUCCAGCCGCUAGACCCACAAGCACAGCCAAGACGAACAGCAGCAGCGGCAGUUCCUUGGCACCGUUGGUGUGUGCCACAGCACUUUCUUCCUCAUCGUCGUCGUCAUCCUCAUCCUCGUCAUCAUCCUCAUCGAAUUCGUCAAUAUCAUCGACAACCUCAUCGUUGAACUCAACAUCGACGGCAUCAUCGUCGACCACAGCGGCCAUAGCAAAUACGUCGAAUACAAAUAAGUCACCCUCCUCAUCGCCCUACUCCAGUGCUGCUGUGGCCUCGCUGAGUGGUGUAUCACCGCAUUCGCCAGGGCGUGCUACACCGGGACCCAAUUCAAAUGCCAGUUGUGGCAUGGCAGCGCCAUCUUCAGCACCAACGCCGACAGGAGUUGCCGUCAAUGUGGCAGCAACAGUGACAGCCUCAACGUCCAAUAGUUGUGGGACACCCCCUCCCACAGCUGGGCAUAUGGCUUUGCAUAUAAAAACUGAAGCGGACUUUGACAAAGAAAUACCUCCAGAAAAACUUAAUUCUCCCCUGGGCAAUAGCAUUGGUGAUUUGCCACUGCAAUUUAAUGGACCCGAUGAAAAGGAUCACCUCAAGGAAUUGGAAUUUUAUAAGAAUUUAGCAAAAGCUGCCUCGUUGGCAUCACAAAAUAACAAUAACAACAAUACCAGCAAUAAUAAUCUAGAUAAAUCACCAAUACCUCAUCAACAACACCACCAUCAAAAUUCCAAUGAUUUAAAUUUAACAUCACCAGCUGGCUCACCGGAACCCAUGCAAAUCGAUGUGGAUCCACAUCUGCAUCAUCACUCACAUCACCCGCAUCAGCAUCAGCAUCAUCAUCUGCAGCGUGCCAAAGAGGAAGAAGAAGACGAGGAUGUACAACAUGUGGAUAGUGAACAGCAUAGCAGCCGACAUGAGCCACAUGAAGAUCAUAUGAUGACCGAUGCCGAUGUUGAUCUUACGGAAUCGCAUCUGCAUCAACAUCAUCAACAGCAACAACAGUCAUCGGAUCAAGCCAAGGCUUUAGCAGCUGCUGCAGCGGCGGCCCAAGCUCACCUAAAUGGAACUAUUUCUUCCCCCUAUUCCAUUCUAGUGCAAGAAAUGCUAAAUUUACAAAAAUUACAAAGUCUCUCAACAUUCCAACAAGAACAAAGUAUAGGCGGCACUGCAGCCGCACUGGCCAGUCUGCAAGGUUUGGCGGCUGGCAUACAGGCCACUGCAGCGGCGGCGGCUCUAAAUUCUCCCCUCAAUUUGAGUGUGGCCAAUAGCGGUGGUAUACCCACAAGUAUGGCUUCGGAAUUGCUUAAUUCGCACCACAAAGUUAUGGGACACAUGGCCGAGAGUGCGGGCAAUAGUAAUGGUGGCGGUGGAGAUAAUCAAAACAGUCACAGUUCUUCUUCGCCGAAUCAUGGCAGUGGCAAUCUGGCGGGGAGUGGGGGACAAUCAACGGCUUCUACACAGAAUGCUUUGGUCAAUGCUUUAAAUAAUGCUGCAGCUGCGGCGGCGGCACAAGGAACAGCGGCCACCGCUUCGCCACCGCCGCAAUUGCAAGCGCCUCCAGCCAGCGCACAAAUGCCACAGCUGAUAUUGGCCUCAGGGCAAUUGGUGCAGGGAGUGCAGGGAGCACAACUGUUAAUACCCACAGCUCAAGGCAUUGCUGUGCAGACCAUACUCACCAUUCCAGUGAGUCCUCAAGUCAAUACCAACGAACAAUUCCUAACGAACUUUGGAGCUUUUGCCGGUUUUCCCACACCACAGGCGCCAGCACCACCCCCACCGGCUCCACCCCAACUACUGGGAGCCGCAACGCCACAUCUGUCAGCCUCUCUGGCUGCCUUACAUCAACCGCCCACCUUGCCUCAACUUGCCCAAGCACCAACGAAUUUACUCAAACCUAAUCUCUUCUCCAAUGGAGUGCAACAACUGCUGGCUGCUUUGCAUCCGGAACUAUUUGCAGCGGCUGCGGCCAACCACCAUCAUCAACAACAGCAGCAGCGGCAACAAGAGCAGCAACAACAGCACCAACAGCAGCAGCAUGCCCAACAGCUGGCUGCCCACCAUCAUCAUGAGUUGCAUUUACGAGCGUCCAAUGAAAGAUCCCCGCCUUCUUCGCCCACAAAUAGUACAAAAGCCGCCGCUGCGGCGGCGGCAGCAGCUGCUGCAGCUUUCCAUCUUCAGUCCCAGUUGCAUAUCAAGCCCGAAACCCAACCUCAUCUACAUCCACAUCAUCAUGCGGCUGCGGCGGCAGCGGCCUUACAUCACCACACCCAGGCCCUGAGACAUGCCGAAGGUCUGGCCUCUCCCAAGCUGGAGUGCAAGCCCAAGGUCCACCAAGAUGAUGGCGAAGAUUCACCUUUGGGCCGACAUCAUUAUGGGGGACACCAUCGUUUGAGCAACACCUCGUCAGCUUCACCACGUCCCACUUCGAGUGCUUCCAGUAGUUUGACUCUCAGAGAGCGAGAAGCUCGAGAACAACAUGCUGCCCUCAAGCUAAGUCCCACGCGACCAAAUAGCAGUAGCGCUGUCAGCAGUGGCAUCAAUUUAAGUCAACUAGGCAAUGAGCGUGAAAAGGAGCGUGAAAGAGAACGAGAGAGAGAACGCGAAAGAGAAAGGGAAAGAGAUAGAGAACGUGAGAGGGAACGAGAAAGAGAUCGUGAGCGAGAACGCGAGGAAAAGCGAGAGCGAGAAGGAUUCAGGGAACGGGAACGUGAGCGCGAUAGAGAAAGAGAACGCAUAAGAGCUGCUUCACCUGCCACCUUAAAUGCCCGAAGUGCUGCAGCAGCCGCCGCAGCUGCUGCUGCCUUGGCCAAAGAGGCUGCGGCAGCCAGCCAGGCUGCUGCCUCAUCCUCGAGCAACUGCAACGAAAGAGGCUAUUCUUCACCUGUGGGCUCCUCCUCCAGCAACCAAAUAUUUCGAUCGCACUCGCCACAUAUGUCACAUCAUUCCCUGGGUCGACAGACGCCCCAUCCCAUGUCCCUGGACUCGCCGCAUGAAAGAGAUUAUAUGGGUAACGGUGUGGGUCUACUGUCAGCAUCAUCCUCCUCCAAUACGGCCACCUCCACGGCCAAUGUACUUAGUAGCAUGAAUAGACUUUCCUCCUCCAAUGGUGAAUUGACCAUUAGCAAAUCGCAUGGUCCGCCAACUGCCACCGCCACCAGAGCCCUAUCGGCCUCACCCACCUCACCUUCAGCGGGACCAAAUGUUUCAGCCUCAAAUCCUUCCUCAUCGAUGCAUCAUCACACACCUCAUCAUUCGAUGCAUUCAAUGAAAAUGAGUCCAACCACCAGUGCAGUGCUGCAACAGCAGCUGGAGCGUGAACGGGAACGAGAAAGAGAACGUGAUCGCGAACGUGAACGUGAACACAUGGGAGAAUUACCACCACCGCCAUCUAUGUCACCCAAUGGUACGGAGGGAUCAAUUGGCGCUCAUGAUCUACUUAUGGAUUCACCGAAUGAGCCCACCAUCAAUCAGGCCACCACAAAUAUGGUUGAUGGCAUUGAUUUAGAUGAAAUAAAAGAAUUUGCCAAAGCAUUUAAGUUAAGACGUUUAUCAUUAGGUUUGACCCAGACCCAAGUGGGCCAGGCCUUAUCUGUAACUGAGGGUCCGGCCUAUAGUCAAAGUGCCAUAUGCAGUGCUUUAGCCGCACAAAUGUAUGCUGCUCAACUCUCGUCUCAACAACAAAACAUGUAUGUUGAAAACGGAACAAAUAAGUUCGAAAAGCUGGAUAUAACACCAAAGAGCGCUCAAAAAAUUAAACCUGUUUUAGAGCGUUGGAUGAAAGAGGCCGAAGAGAGCAGUCACUGGAACCGCUUUAAGUCUGGACAAAAUCAUUUAACCGAUUAUAUAGGAGUGGAGCCAUCGAAGAAACGCAAGAGACGUACCUCGUUUACACCGCAAGCUUUAGAGCUUUUAAAUGCUCAUUUUGAGCGUAAUACCCAUCCAUCGGGCACAGAAAUUACUGGUCUUGCCCAUCAGCUUGGUUACGAGCGUGAAGUCAUACGUAUUUGGUUCUGCAAUAAGCGACAGGCCCUUAAAAACACCGUUCGCAUGAUGUCCAAAGGCAUAGUCUAAAUUGCUGGGUCAAAAGUUUUUAAGCCAUUAUCAUCACAUAUAACAAGGAAAAAAUUUAUGUUUCAUCAAAAGCCAUUGCCAUCAUUAACAUCAUUAUUACAAGGGAGUUGAGAUUUCCAUACAACAUUUAAUAUGUAUAGAAAAAGUUUAUAUAUAAAAAAACUAAGUAUUUUGUGAAAAAAGCUUUAGGUUUUCAAGAAAACUGUCAAUGUGGAAAUUGUAUGAUGAAUAUUACAAGUUACAAUUAUGAAGUCAGAAAAUUGUCGUCUGUAAAUGGCAAGGAGAAUAAUUAUAACCCUGUUCUCUUUCCCCAUUUGUUUCGAUGAAAAAAAUGGUAGAACAUCUAAGCAGGUCUAAAAAUUGUUAUAGCAGAAGCAAUGUUAACUCGGUAGCUAUUUCACCAACAUACCCUUUGCCUGCCUGGUAUACUGCUAGAUCUAGACGCUUUCUAUUGUAGCACUGAACUUUUUGCUCAAGAUCCUGAAUCGAAAUCGUCUCCACUUUAGCUCUCUUGAUAAUCAAUAAAAUUAAGGGUAUAUCUCUUCGGAACAGUCACUUAUACGAAGCCAAAAACGACUGAGGUCCUAUUAUCCCUUCUACCGGGGUUACCAAUACUGACCCUUAAUUUACAACGCUAUAAGUUUAUGAAUUUUUCUACGAUUUUUUCUUAAGGAUCAUCGGAAAAACUUCUCACUCAACUCUAUAAGUGCUCUAGCAAAAUAAUAUAACAAAAUAACAGAUCUCUAUCUGUACCAUUGUACGGCUAAAGGCAGUAUAGCGAAAAAAUUAAGGAGGGGGAAACCUAUUCACGAUAAAGGCGCAAGGGGCCAGCAAACGAAGAAAAGUUCUUUUUGUCGAAGAUUUCCUCCAGUUAACCGCUUCAUAAAAUGGCUUUUUGCCUGAAGUGGAUUCUGGAACUGAAAGAAGUGUUCAGCAGUUCUCUCCGCAAUCACCG